GACAUAUUAGUCACGUGAUUUUGUCCUGCCUGUGAACCAUUGCCGGUGCACUUCGUUUCUGACAAAAACAAAGCUAUCAUGACUUUGAAACUUUAGUUUCACAUACAGUUUUUGACAAAUCUGUGAGAUCUAUUUUUGUUCAAUUUGUUUCACAUUAGCAGGGAAUUUGUAACUGCGAGAAGACAUCGAAAUGCUUCGCUUGCCUUCCAUUUGCAGGCGAGCGCGAGCUCAAGCUCCAGUAACUGCCUUUGCCUGUCGGGCCUUGAUCGGUGAAUCGACGCCAGAGUUCCGGGGAAGAGCGAGUCCAUGCAACCGCCCCUUUCUUUUGAACACCGUGUCAUUCCAUACAAACUUCGUUUUGAGCAGUCCUGUUCCAGAUUUGCCAGAUUUUAAUACCAGUGUGAAUAUCCAUGAACACAAGCUGAAAAGACCUGUUAAGCCAACAAAAAACACAAAUGCACAGACACAGAAGAAAAAAGAACGGGUGAAAAUGGGCUCCCUCAUCCCAGAGACUCUGAAGGAGAUGGAUAAUGAUGAAGAAUUUAAGAUCACAGCCCGGAAGCUCAAGCAGAUGGGACAGGCCAAACUGACGAGGGAAGAGAGAAAGAAGAGGCAGAGGGCACUGGACAACCUGGGCGUUCCAAACUUCAGAGAUUUCCUCAAGCAGUAUCAUCAUGAAGACACAGGAGAGAAGUGCUCAUCCCUCCUGCGAAAGAUCGAUAUUGAGAUCCUACAAUUGAACAUCGGUCUUUACUGUAACCAGGCCUGCAACCACUGCCACGUUGAAUCUUCUCCUCGACGGAAGGAGAUGAUGGAUCGGGAGACGGCUGAGAAGUGCAUUGAUAUCCUGGAAAAGAGUCCCAACGUUCAUACACUUGAUCUUACAGGCGGGGCUCCAGAGCUGUGUUCUCAGUUUCGCUACCUAGCGACCGAGGGUCGGAGACUGGGUCGUAAGGUCAUCGACCGCUGCAACUUGACCGCCUUACUGGAGCCAGGUCAAGAGGACACUCCCGAGUUCAUGGCCGAGCUUGGGGUCACUGUCAUAGCAUCACUUCCAUGUUACAGUGCCAAGAAUGUCAACCUACAGAGGGGAAGUCAAGUCUUCCAACGCAGCGUCGUGGCAUUACAAACCCUGAAUGAGCUUGGCUAUGGGCAACCCGGGAGCGGUCUGGAAUUACAUCUGGUUUAUAACCCUCUAGGUGGUUUCCUCCCACCCCCUCAGGGUCCAUUGGAGCAGAAGUACAAGGAGGAGCUAGGUGAAGCCUUCGGUAUCAAGUUUAAUAACCUCUUCACAAUCACCAAUGUCCCUGUCAAAAGGUUUACAGAUUUCCUGGUUAGAAGGAACGAGUUGGAAGACUACAUGAACAUGCUGGUUCGUAACUUCAACCCGGCGGCUGUUGAAGGUCUCAUGUGCAGGAACUACAUCAAUGUUGGUUGGGAUGGACGCAUCUUUGACUGCGAUCUCAACCAGCAGCUGGACCUGUCAAGCAGAAGACCUCUAAAUAUCCAAUCAGAUACUACUGGACAUGCCAUUCCAAGCGGACUGAAAGGACCCAGCGUUUGGGAUAUCACAUCAGCUACUGACAUCGUCGACCUCGGAAUCGUGACCGACAACCACUGCUUCGGUUGCACAGCCGGUAGCGGGUCAAGCUGCCAGGGGGCGACGGUUUAAUUCGAGUGACGUCAGGAUUUGGACAGCCAAGGUCAAUGGUAAAAUGUGGUGGCAUAUCUAGAGGGGGGGGGGGCUAAAUUUGAUUUAUGAUUGAUUUAUUUAUGUUUCCAUUUGUAGCAAAGGCAGUAUACAGAAGUAGAAAUUUAGACAAUGUUACAGUCACAGAAUAAGAGAAAAAUAAACCAAAUAUUAUUUCUUGUAUGCAGUAUAUUAAUAUACUUAGCUGUUCCACAACAACAUUCUGCUUUUUCGCAUUCGAACCUCACUCAGCCAUCAUUUUUCUGGGCUUCUAUGUCUUUAGAGCAACUUUUCUUGACCAACAUUAUUCCUGGCUUAUUCACUUGAAAUCCUCACUCAAAUAUGUACAAUUGUGCAUACACUAACUGAAACCUUAAUUAUAAUAUCCAAACAUGAGCAAAUUAUCAGUAAAGGGAUCGGGUAACUUUGUGGGGGUUUGCAAAAAUAUGAGAAGCUGGGCCCUUCAUGUUGUUUGUGUAUGCAAUGAUGUUUUUAAGAAGAACCUUAAAAUCUUGAUUUCACAAGCAUCAUUAUAUGCUUUGCAAUCAGUAGAAUAUUGCUUAUUUCCCAUCCAUAGCUUAUGGUGUUAACUUUGACAAGUGUCAGAAUAGACGCUUAUGAAUGUAGUUAUCAAUAUCGCAGCAAUUACGUGACCAAUAAAACAUCUUAGGUGAUUCCCGUCUGACCUAAAGGUUUGCAAUUAUGAUUACAGCAUUAGCUGCAAGAGGAAAACAAAAUCUUAUAUCCUGAAUGAAAUUAAACAAUCCCUUUCAUAAUUUCACUCACAACAUAAAUGAAACUUUAUCAUUCAGCAAAAAGAGCUGUUCCUUACAUUAUUUCAUAGAAUGUAGCAUCAGUCUUACAUCUGUCCAUGUAGUAAUAAUGAUGCUAUAGUGCUUUUAUUGUACCCAUCACUGCCUGAGCGUCUCUAUGCGCUAAAGAAAAAUGAAGAAGACAGAGUAAUGAAAAUCUACAUGUAGCUCUAGGCUAUUAUGGCAACUGUCUCGAUCAAAAU